UUCAACCUUCCUCACUUCUAAACCAACCUAGCUUCUGGGAUUUCAUCUUCACUUCAAUCCCAUGGCUACUAUACAUACAUUUCCCACUCUUCUUUUCUCACUACUGUUCGCUCUGGGUCUGUGUUCUGCUAGAAGGGCCCUUCUCACCUUUGAUACUGGAUAUGGUCUAGGCAUUGGCAUUGCUGGUGGUUAUGGUGCUGGUGGAGGUGGCGGCUCCGGUGGUGGCGGUGGAUAUGGUGGGGAGAAUGGAGUUGUUGGGUAUGGAGGUGGUAGUGGCGGAGGACAGGGUGGGGGAGUAGGAUAUGGCGGUGAUCAUGGAUAUGGUGGUGGUGGUGGAAGUGGUGGCGGUGGCGGUGUGGCUUAUGGUGGUGGGGGAGAGCAUGGUGGUGGUUAUGGUGGAGGUCAAGGAGGUGGAGCAGGUGGAGGAUACGGAGCCGGUGGGGAACAUGGCAUUGGGUAUGGAGGAGGUGGCGGAAGUGGUGCUGGUGGUGGGGGUGGGUAUGGUGCAGGAGGAGCACAGGGUGGUGGAUAUGGUACGGGUGGAGGAGCUGGUGGUGGUGCAGGAGGACAGCAAGGGGGCGGUUACGGGGGUGGUCAAGGAGGUGGAGGGGGAACAGGUGGAGGAUACGGUGAAGGUGGAGUACAUGGUGGUGGUUAUGGUGGUAGUGGUCAAGGAAGUGGAGGUGGAGCAGGUGGAGGGUAUGGUGGUGGUGGUGGACAAGGAGGUGGAGCUGGUGGAGGAUAUGGUGCGGGUGGAGAGCAUGGAGGUGGAUAUGGUGGUGGACAAGGAGGAGGAGCGGGUGGAGGAUACGGUGCGGGUGGAGAGCACGGUGGUGGAUCAGGGGGUGGUCAAGGAGGGGGAGCUGGUGGAGGGUAUGGUACCGGCGGAGAGCAUGGUGGGGGAUAUGGGGCUGGCCAAGGAGGUGGAGCAGGCGGAGGGUAUGGUGGAGAGCAUGGUGGUGGUUAUGGCGGAGGUGAAGGAGGUGGAGGAGGAUAUGGUUCCGGUGGGGAACAUGGCAUUGGAUACGGAGGAGGUGGUGGAAGUGGAGGUGGGAGUGGAGGAGGUUAUGGUGAUGGAGGAGCUCAUGGAGGUGGAUAUGGUGGCGGCGCCGGUGGAGGAGGUGGGUAUGGGGCAGGUGGAGCACAUGGUGGUGGUUACGGAGGAGGUGGUGGAAGUGGCGUGGGCCAUGGUGGCUAUGUUCCCUAAGAAUUUUUCUACAAAGCACAAUAGAUAUCGAAGUGAAACCUUGGAAAGAAUAAGCAUGAUGUUAUAAUAAUAAUAAUAAUAAUAAUAAUAAUAAUAAUAAUAAUAAACUAAAGAUUUUUAUGUACGCAAAUUUUUAUUCCAAAUUUUAAAAAAGUGGGACCCAUGAAUGUAAAAAUGAAUAUCCGUGUGAAAGUAUUAUUUGUGUUAUGGUAAAACUAUUCUCUUCUUCUUGUACUUGUUUUUCUAUUUAUAUGGAAGAAAUAUGCUGAGUUUGAAAAUA